AUGUCGUUCUGGGAUUCCGUGACGACUGGCGCCCAAAACGCCGCCGAAACCACGAAACUCGUCUCCAUCAGAACGAAACUCCAAGCGGAAGUGAUGUACUUCGAACAACAAAUCAAACAAAUCAUGCAAAAUUUCGGAGUCGAAUGCUUCCCGCACAUGGAACAAUCCAACUCCGGGUUAGUGCAACAGGCGUUUUUAAACGCGCAAAGAGGCAUCGAGGAAUACCGGGCGAAAAUCGAAGAGAAGAACCGAGAAAUCAACGAGUUGAAUCAACAAAUUGACAACGUCGGGAGAUGA